AUGGUCAGCCGCACGCUCAUCCGUCUCACUUCCUCUUUUUGCUCCGAGAGCUUUUUAAUGGCGUCGCUUCUUUCUCCCUCCUCUCUCUUAUCUCUUCAACCACCGUUUUCUUAUUCUUCGCAAGUUCAGUGUCUGAAAAAAGGAGUUUUCGCUCCUCGUUCUCUGGUUCGAGAUUCAUUGUCACCGUCUGCGUCUUCAUCUUCUUCCUGGGUUACAUCGUCUUCUACCUCCGAUUUUAUUCCGCAGGUGGUUGUUACCCGGGAACGAGGCAAGAACAAACAAAUUAUCAAAGCCUUGGAUAAACAUGGGAUAUCAUCUUUAGAGCUUCCCCUGAUUCAUCAUGCUCGUGGCCCUGAUUUCGAUCAGCUCACAUCUGUAUUAAGUGAUAAGAGCUUUGACUGGAUCAUCAUAACAUCUCCAGAAGCAGGUUCUGUCUUUCUCGAGGCGUGGAAGGCAGCUAGCUUCCCAAAAGUGAAGGUAGGUGUUGUGGGAGCUGGAACAGCCAGCGUAUUUGAAGAGGUAAUGCAAUUGGCAGAAGGAUCGCUUCAUAUUGCCUUUACACCAUCAAAAGCAACUGGUAAAGUCUUGGCUUCGGAGCUCCCAGAGAAUGUGGGCAAAAGGUCCUCUGUCUUAUACCCGGCAUCUCUAAAAGCAAGCAAUGAAAUUGAGGAAGGAUUGUCCAAACGUGGGUUUGAAGUUCUGAGGCUGAAUACAUACACAACACUUCCUGUGCAGAGUGUUGAUGCGAUGCUUCUGCAACAGGCAUUGUGUGCGCCUGUUCUUUCUGUAGCUUCACCUUCUGCAGUCCGGGCCUGGAUGAAUCUAAUUCAAAGUGCGGACCAAUGCAGCAAUUAUGUUGCCUGCAUAGGAGAGACAACUGCUUCAGCAGCAAGACGUUUAGGACUAAAACACGUGUACCACCCAGAGAAACCAGGACUUGAAGGGUGGGUAGAGAGCAUCAUGGCAGCUCUAGGCGCGCACGAAGAAUUACACAGAUUGAAGUAACUCUAGCAGCGGGAACUGAAUAACACUUCUUCCACCGACUCAUAGAUUUGAUUUAUGGAGGACUUUGAAUUGGGACACUGCCUAUAAUUUAGAUGAUGGGAAAAUAACCAAAUGAUGGUGUUGAUAAAAUUCGUUAAGCCAUUCUCAGAUAAUUCGGAUAGUUUUUGUAAGAUAAAAAGUAUAUAUUAUUUUUUGAAUACUAACAUCGCAAACGAUCUAAAACAUGAUAGUACAACUUCAAGUAAAUAUAUCAACUUCAGUUUCACUA